CCACGCUUGCUGCCGCCCCGCGGAAGGCGUCAUUUCUGCAAACAGGAUGGCGGAGCGGUGUGCGGCUGGACUUCCAUUCUGAUAAAUGGACAAGGAGUCUCACUUUUCAAAAAUGGCGGAUUUAACCAACAGUGAAGAACAGGAAGUAGAGAAGAGUUUGGAUGAAGAAGUGGAGAAAACACCUGGUACUUUAGAAGCAGAUUCAGGUAUUAGUCAGGAAGGCAGUAGUUCAACUUCAGGUACAGUUCAGUCCACUGCAAAUGAAAAAGAAGUCCAUAGUGGUAAUCAGGAUGGCACAGCAAAAGGGAAGAAUUUAGACUCUGAAGAUGAACCACCUAAGAAAGCAUGUAAGGUAGGCCAUGGACAAGCUGUAGCUGCACAUUAUAAUGAGCUUCAGGAAGUUGGACUGGAAAAACGUAGCCAGUCUCGCAUAUUCUACCUCCGAAACUUUAAUAAUUGGACAAAGAGCGUCCUCAUUGGUGAAUUUAUAGACCGGGUACGACGGAAAAAGAACGAUAUAGCUGUUCUGGAUCUAGGAUGUGGCAAAGGUGGAGACCUACUGAAAUGGAAAAAAGGCAGAAUUAAAAAACUUGUCUGUACUGAUAUUGCUGACAUUUCUGUGCAGCAGUGCAAGCAGCGAUAUGAAGACAUGAAAGCCCGAUGUCGUUAUAAUGAACAUAUUUUUGAUGCAGAAUUUAUACAAGCGGAUAGUACCAAGGAUCUCUUGUCUUCUAAAUACAGUGAUCCAGAUAUGCGGUUUGACAUUUGCAGCUGUCAGUUUGUUUACCAUUAUUCAUUUGAGACAUAUGAGCAGGCUGACAUGAUGCUUAAAAACGCUUGUGGGAACCUCUCUCCUGGAGGGUAUUUCAUUGGCACGACUCCAAAUAGCUUUGAACUUGUAAAGCGGCUUGAAGCUUCAGAAACAAAUUCAUUUGGGAAUGAUGUGUACAGUGUAAAAUUUGAAAAGAAGGGAGAAUAUCCUUUGUUUGGCUGCAAAUAUGAUUUCCAUUUGGAAGAAGUGGUUGAUGUCCCCGAGUUCUUGGUUUACUUCCCAUUAUUGGAAGAAAUGGCGAAGAAGCAUGGUAUGAAAUUAGUCUACAAAAUGACAUUUCGGGAAUUCUAUGAAGAAAAAAUCAAGAAUGAGGAGCAUAAAAUGCUGUUAAGGAGAAUGCAGGCCUUGGAGCCAUAUUCUACAUUUGGUGAUUCCAGGCUUGUUUCUGAUAAACCUGAUGACUAUGAACAUGCAAAAGAGUUCAUCAAAGAUGGCAAAGCAAAGUUACCAUUGGGAACUUUGAGUAAAUCUGAAUGGGAAGCAACAAGUAUUUACUUGGUAUUUGCAUUUGAAAAGCAACUGUGAAACUUCAUGUACUGGAUGCAGCAAGAAGAGAUCAUAUCCAUGUGCGAGUUGGAAUGGUCAGAAAUCCAUUGUGGCAACUAUUUUUUUAUUUUUAAUUUUUUUAUCAGAAGUGUGCAGGACACUGUUGAAAACUAGAGCAAGAUCAUGAUUCUGAGUUACAUUGCCUGUCUGUGACAGAUGGACUUGUGUGUGUAUAUAUGAGAGAUUCUGAAUCAGUCUUUUUAAGCAUUUGUAAGCAAUCUGCAUGUUCUCAAAACCCAUGUUUGAACUUGACACAAGUUUAUGUUAGAAACAAAUGUUUUGUUAGCAGAAAUGUGUUUGUGAUUACAAGCUUGACCCUGCACUUUCUGAAAUGGAUGGAAACACUGUCGAGUUUGAUGUCCAGAAUGAGGGCCUAAAUGUUGUAUUGCAGAGCUCUGUUAAUUCACUAGAUACAGUCACACAUAUAAGGUAUGUCUACAUUGCAUAAGAGGUAAGUGGCAAGCUAUACCUGAGUCAGUUUGAGCAUCUCUGUGCUGUGCUCAAGCCUGCAGUGUAAAUCUACCUUAGUGGUAUUCAAGGUGUAGUUUACAUGAUGAAGUCCCAUAAUGUUCUUGUUUUUUUUUUUGUGCUUGCUGAUAUGUAGUGUUACUUCAUGGUGCUUCCAAGAUUAAACAAGUUUGUUCUGUACAAAACACCUCUGAAAGAACUCAAUUUCUGAAGUUUUAAA